AUGACUACGGCUGCAGAAAGGAAAUAUAUUAAUAUUAGAAAAAGAUUGGAUCAGUUGGGCUACCGCCAGACUCUGACAGUAGAGUGUUUACCUUUGGUAGAAAAACUUUUCAGUGACCUAGUUCAUACAACAGAAAGCCUUCGGCAAUCGAAAUUAUCUGCUGUGAAAGCUGAAAAAGAAAGUGCCAAUUUUGAUUUUGUUUUGGAACCCUAUAAACUUGAAAAUGCAAGGUUGAGUAAGGAAAAUAAUGAGUUAUACCUGGAGUUAAUGAAACUGAGAGAACACUCAGACCAACACAUGAAAGAGUUGAAAACUACAUUGAAGAAAUGUACACGUGAAACAGCUGACCUGAAAUUUCUAAAUAACCAAUAUGUUCAUAAACUCAAACUUUUGGAGAAAGAGAGCAAAGCUAAGAAUGAAAAAAUUCAGCAACUUCAAGAAAAGAAUUUGCAUGCUAUAGUACAAACUCCAGGUGGCAAGAAAAGAAGUAUUGCUUUCAGGCGCCAGCGUAUGCAGAUUGAUGAGCCAGUUCCUCCUUCUGAAGUCAGUUCUUAUCCAGUUCCACAACCAGAUGACCCUUACAUUGCAGAUCUACUGCAAGUAGCUGAUAACAGGAUUCAAGAACUUCAGCAGGAAGUCCACCAGUUACAAGAAAAGUUAGCAAUGAUGGAAAGUGGAGUGAGAGAUUAUAGCAGACAGAUUGAGCUAAGAGAACGAGAGAUAGAACGACUGUCACUUGCUUUGGAUGGUGGUCGCUCCCCUGAUGUCCUGUCUCUGGAGACUAGAAAUAAAACCAAUGAAAAGCUUAUUGCUCAAUUAAACGUUCAGGUUGACUUUCUUCAACAAGCUAAUAAAGACCUGGAAAAGCAUAUCCAAGAGCUUAUGGAAACCAAGGAAACAGUGACGACUGAAGUUGUUAAUUUAAGUAACAAAAAUGAAAAACUCUGCCAAGAAUUAACUGAAAUAGACCAGUUAGCACAGCAGUUGGAAAGGCAUAAAGAAGAAGUGCUUGAGACUGCUGAUAAGGAACUUGAGGAAGCGAAGAAAGAGAUUAAAAGAAAGCUCUCUGAAAUGCGGAAUCUUGAAGAUACAAUGGCAAAACUUCAACUGGAAUUAAGCUUAUGUCAUAAAGAAAAGGAGCGACUGAGUGAUGAACUCCUUAUAAAAUCAGACCUGGAAACUGUUGUUUAUCAGCUUGAACAAGAAAAGCAAAGACUUAACAAAAAAAUUGAAAGUUUUGCAGUUACAGAAAGAGAACUUACUCUGGAAGUUGAGAGGAUGAGGCUAGAACAUGGAAUAAAACGUCGAGACAAGUCACCUUCUCGUUUAGAUACAUUUCUGAAAGGCAUAGAAGAAGAACGAGAUUAUUACAAGAAAGAGCUAGAAAGACUGCAACAUAUAAUACAGCGAAGAUCUUGCUCUACAAAUUAUUGUGCACGUGAAAAAAGUUCAAUGUUUAAAGCAUCAGAAAAGGGUGAUUACAAUUCAGAGAUUUACCUGAUCACAAGAGAAAGAGAUGAACUUCAGUGUAUGCUUGAAAAAUUUGAAAAAUAUAUGGAGGAUAUACAGUCCAAUGUUAAAUUAUUGACAGCAGAAAGAGAUAAACUAAGUGUCUUAUAUAAUGAAGCUCAGGAAGAAUUAUCUGCACUAAGACAGGAAUCCACCCAAACCACAGUCCCCCAUAAUAUUAUUAGUCUUAUGGAAAAGGAAAAGGAACUUGCAUUAUCUGACUUAAGAAGGAUUAUGGCAGAAAAGGAAGCUUUAAGGGAAAAGUUAAAAAAUAUUGAGGAAAUGAGUCAUUUUGGAAAAUCAGAAUUAGAGAAAACUAUUGAACAUUUGACAUGUGUUAAUCAUCAGCUUGAAAGUGAAAAAUAUGAAUUAAAGUCCAAAGUGUUAAUAAUGAAAGAAACAAUAGAGUCAUUAGAGAACAGAUCAAAACUGCAAGCUCAAAAACUUAGCCAUGUGGCUGGUGACUCAUCUCAUCAGAAAACAGAGAUGAACUCACUUAGGAUAGUAAAUGAGCAGCUACAGCGGUCACUUGAUGACUGUCAGCACCGACUUUCCAUAAAAAGAGGUGAACUUGAAUCAGCCCUGGCACAGAUUAAGAUACUGGAAGAAACUAUAGAUAAACUGAACCUAAAGAUGACUUCACAGGAUGAGGAGGCUCAUGUAAUGAAAAAAACUAUUGGUGUUAUUGAUAAAGAAAAAGAUGUUCUUCAGGAAACUGUUGAUGAGAAGACAGAAAAGAUUGCAAACUUACAAGAAAACAUCGCUAAUAAAGAAAAAGCUAUUGCUCAUAUGAAGAUAACAGUCUCAGAGUAUGAAUUAUCCAUGAACCAGCUAAAAGAAACAUUGACUAAUCAAGACCGUGAGAUAAGCAGCCUCCGGCGCCAGCUUGAUGCAGCUCACAAAGAACUUGAUGAAGUAGGAAGAUCUAGAGAAAUAUCUUUUAAGGAAAACAGAAGAUUACAAGAUGAUCUGGCUACAGUGGCAAGAGAAAACCAGGAAAUCUCAUUGGAAUUGGAAGCAGCAGUCCAAGAAAAAGAAGAAAUGAAGAAUAGAGUUCAUAAUUACAUAACAGAGGUGUCACGAUGGGAAAGCUUAAUGGCAGCUAAGGAAAAAGAAAAUCAAGAUUUGUUAGAUAGAUUUCAGAUGCUUCAUAACCGUGCUGAAGACUGGGAGGUGAAAGCCCAUCAAGCUGAGGGAGAAAGCAGCUCAGUUCGACUGGAACUUCUUUCUAUUGACACAGAGAGGAGACACCUUCGAGAAAGAGUGGAGCUAUUAGAAAAAGAAAUUCAGGAGCACAUAAAUGCACAUCAUGCUUAUGAAUCUCAAAUCUCAUCAAUGGCAAAAGCCAUGUCUAGAGUAGAAGAAGAGCUGAGACGUCAAGAAAAUGAGAAAGCAGCAGUAUUAAAUGAUUUAUCAUCUCUUAGAGAACUUUGCAUUAAGCUUGAUUCAGGCAAAGAUGUUAUGACUCAGCAAUUGAAUUCCAAAAACCUCGAGUAUGAGAGGGUUGUAGUAGAAUUAGAAAAUGUAAAAUCAGAAUCAGAGCUGUUAAAAAAUCAACUGUCAAGUGAGAGACAUACAAUUAAAAACCUUGAAUCAUUGUUGGCUACAAAUAGAGAUAAAGAAUUUCAUUCUCAUUUAACCUCCCAUGAGAAGGAUACUGAAAUUCAGCUACUUAAGGAGAAGUUAACCCUUUCAGAAAGCAAAUUAACUAGUCAAAGCCGGGAAAAUACCAUGCUUCGAGCUAAAGUGGCGCAAUUACAAACAGAUUAUGAUGCUCUGAAAAGGCAGAUUUCAACAGAAAGAUAUGAACGAGAAAGAGCAAUCCAAGAGAUGCGUCGACAUGGUCUUCCUACACCACCCCUUAGCUCUACUCUGAAGUCUCCUUCAAGUUCUCCUGAACAUAUAAAUAUAUAA